AGAAGGGGAUGAAAGUAGUUAAUGUGCAAUGGGAAUCUUAAUUUCAGACACAAAUCUGUACCUUUCUACAGACCUUGAUGAUAUGCUGCAAGCUAAAUAUUAAACAAUUUUUUGAUCAAUUUAAGUCCAGCCUGGGGAGAAGAAACAGUUAAAGAAAUGUCUCAAGUAUACUUGCAUUCAGCUAAUGAGACUUUGUGUGCAUCUACAAAUGGUACAGAACUGACAUCAAUCAUUGAUAAUGAAACCACAAAUGAAAAAUGGACCGAAGACUCCUUUCCAGGAUUAGAAAUACUGUGCACAAUUUAUGUUACAUAUGCUGUGAUCAUUUCAGUGGGUCUCCUUGGAAAUGCUAUACUCAUCAAAGUCUUUUUCAAGAUUAAAUCAAUGCAGACGGUUCCAAACAUCUUCAUCACCAGCCUGGCAUUUGGAGACCUACUGCUUUUAUUAACUUGUGUGCCUGUAGAUGCAACACGUUAUAUUGUGGAUACCUGGCUCUUCGGAAGAAUUGGGUGCAAGCUGCUGUCUUUUAUCCAGUUAACCUCAGUUGGAGUAUCAGUGUUUACCCUGACUGUUCUCAGUGCUGACAGGUACAGAGCCAUCGUUAAGCCCUUGGAACUGCAGACUUCAGAUGCACUCCUGAAGACCUGCUGUAAAGCUGGCUGUGUUUGGAUCAUCUCCAUGAUAUUUGCUAUCCCAGAGGCUGUUUUUUCCGAUCUGUAUUCUUUCAGCAAUCCUGAGAAAAAUGUAACUUUUGAGGCAUGUGCCCCCUAUCCUGUAUCUGAGAAGAUCCUGCAGGAAGCUCACUCCCUGGUUUGCUUCUUAGUGUUCUAUAUUGUACCCUUAGCUGUCAUUUCUGUCUACUACUUUCUUAUUGCCAGAACUUUAUAUAAAAGUACGUCCAACAUGCCAGCAGAAGAACAUGGUCAUGCCCGUAAGCAGAUUGAAUCCCGCAAGAGAGUUGCAAAAACAGUGCUGGUGCUUGUUGCUUUGUUUGCCUUUUGCUGGCUGCCUAACCACAUCCUCUACCUAUACCGCUCUUUUACAUACCAUGCUUCUGUAGAUGCUUCCACCUUUCAUCUGAUAGCUACUAUUUUUUCACGUGCCUUGGCCUUCAGCAAUUCCUGCGUCAAUCCUUUUGCUCUGUAUUGGCUGAGUAAAAGUUUCCGGCAACAUUUUAAAAAGCAAGUCUCAUGCUGCAAGGCAAAAUUUCAUACAAAGCCUCCCAGUGCUACUCACAGUAAUACGCCUACCAGAGCCCUGUCAGUCACGGGCAGCACGCAUGGCUCAGAAAUCAGUGUUACACUGCUAACAGAUUAUAGUAUCACAAAAGAAGAGGAAAGUGUUUAGUCUGUCUGGGAUGAAGAAGAACAGAAACUGAGCCUUUGCAAUGAAAUCACUACUACUGGGAUCCUGGAAAGAGAUGCCAAGCCUUGCCCUGCCUGUGAAAGAGUUUUCAUCAGGAGUUCCUUUUUUUUUUUUUUAAUAUACAAUAAAGAAAUCAAACUGUGCGGGAGAAGAAGCUGCAACAGCUGAACUUUCCAGCGUAAGCUCAAAGGGAUUGUUCAUGUUUCCAAGCACGAACAAGGAUCCCUAGCUAGAAUUCCUGCACUGGGCAGGACAGGAGUCAGCAAAGUUGGUGUGAGAAUUGGCUGUGAGGAUGGUUUUGUUCUUGGUGACUUGUUCUUUGACUUGUGACUGAGAGCUCCCUCUGUCAAGUACUUGCAUCUACAGCAAGUGAGCAAAACCUCAUAUCUUCAUGACACCAUCAACCAGACAGAUUUUUUAUUUAUUUCUUUUCUUGUCCCAAAUGUUAAAAAUUGGUAAUCACAUCAGAAAGCAUCCUAAAAUGAAAGAAAGCUAAAGUUUGUAGUUCGGUGUAGUAAAAAAGAAAAAGCAUUAUGGGCCAGAUCCACACUAGCCUUUGCUCUGCCAGUGACUUUGAAACUCUGGGUAAGAGCUGACUGCUCUGCAAAGGGAUGCCCUUCUCAGUUCCUAAGGAAGGCAAGGGAACCAGCAGGUGAUCAUCUCUCUCAAAAAGCUAUAAUCAUCUUUAACCACACUGGUAAAAUCCUUUGCGAUCUAUGGGUAAACCAUAUCGACAGCACAAAGUUCUAUAUUGUUAUAGUGAUUUAACAUCAAGAAGUAGGGGUGCAUCUGUAUUAGAGUUCUAGUUUGGAUUUACAGUGCACUUUGGAAGCGAACUCCUCAAACGUCCCCUCUUGCCUUACUUUGCUCUGUCUCCCAGACUGGUCUUGAGUGCACAAUGUGGAUUUCUCCCAGAUGAAACUGUGUGUCCAGUCCAUGGAACCAGACUAGAAGUAGUACUUUUUGAAGUAAAGCCCCCAAAAGUGUACGGUGUGGGGGUCAGGCUAACCAUUUCCCUCCACAGAUCCACCCCUGCUGUAGUGUACAUGGUCAUAGCUAAGUGGUCUGCACAUUUUCAAGCAUGCUGGGAGAGCUGGAUUUUUCUACUGUACUAAUUUUCUGUUCUUCAAGUUAUUCAAGUAGUAUCCCUCUUUAAUAUUAGGAUAGAUUGUCUUUAUGAGAUAGGCUUUCUCAUCUCAAAUCCACUGAUUUUAUGACUCUGCAUGCAGAGGCAAGUCAGUGACAGCCGAUCACGGGCAGCCUCUGCAUCCCUAAAACGCUCAGCAACACUGCUGGCAGGGACUGCCUUCCCAUCAGGACAGACAGGAGGCAAGUCUUCCUACCCCACAUUACAAAAAUGUUGAAAGACACCUAGUUUUAUGCAUUUUGUGUACCCUGAACCAAAAUGUUGUUCUGUGGGAGCUGGUGAUAGAAAACACAAUAAAUUUGCCAUUGCUUAAACUAAGGGACUUCUAUCUCAAAAAAGAAUUUGUGCUUUAAAGUAUAGAAGAGAGGUUGCAACAUAUGAAUUAAAUAAAAUAGUGCUGUUAGUCACAGAAGUUUCAAUUUUAACUGGCCCUUGAAGCUGUAACACCCUUCCAGCUGCACAAAGCUCCUAAAAACAUGUAGCUGGAAAUCCAUCCAUCCAUGCACCAUUAGAGUUCAUUAUAAGAUGAGAAAAUCUAUUUGCAGUCUCUCUCUGUUGCCUGCCCUAAUCAGAAUAAUAAAACCAAACUAUAAAUCCCAAGGGCAUUGGAAUAAAACCUUUGUCAUCAUCUUAAACCAGUUUAAUGACAGUCCAUUUUAAUCCCAUCAGGCCUGGCCUUAUUUUACUACAUUCUUCAUGUUACAAGCUGCAAGGCUAUAAGCACUAAUUUUCAAAUGGAUUCUCCCUUUUAUUGAACAAAUUGUACACCAGGACCACUGAAAUAAAUGGAAAUAUAACAUCACAGAAAUAAUGGCAAAGCAGACUCCAGAGACCUUAUUUUACUCUCUUUGUCUUAAUAUAACACAGUCCCUGCUAUGUACAAAUAUAACAAACAUAUUGCACUGAUAUUUUCCCCUUCUCUUUUUUGUUGACGGAGCUGCAGGGCGAGACCGAAAUAAGUAAAUAAGCCUACACACUUAUGAGCCUACUUUUAUCUUCCUGGAUCUUACCACAGGGAAUUCUAAACAAAAGAAAAAUCCACGAACAUUACAGUUCCUUACAUCAUUCUUUUUUCUAGCUUAUUAAAGCCUUUGGAAAACAAAUCUGCCCCAUGUUUCUGGACUUGACAAUUUGUCUCUGUUGGAGACCAAAUUUACCACUGCAAAAUCCUUGGCUACACCUUACAGUAGCCCCUAAAACCCACAAUUUCCUAAUUCACCAUUUUCCUUGCUUUGCAUGCAGCUACUUCUUGCUUGUGUGACUACUCUCUAACUAGAUGGUCUCCCUAUUGCUAAUAUAUCCUGUUACAAAAUCGGUGGUUUUGCUAUAUUCUUCACGUUUUGGUUAAAGACUGGCAAUAUUUCUAACCAUAAUUUAACCAUUCUGUGUACCUUAUGCCUUUAUAAUUCUGUACUUUCAAAUCUUCAUGACAUUGUAUUGGAGUGAUAUAUUAGUCAAUAUUUAUUUUUAUCUAACCGAUCUGAUAUUAUUCAUUCCAUCUAUUCCCCCAAUAUAAUUAUCUAUAAAAUGUCUCCACAUUACCAUAACUGUAUUUAAGGGAAAAGGGUUGUUUCCUUUGCAAUCUCUUCUCAGUGUUCCAAAAAACAGUUCUAGGUAGUACAAGUGUAAUUCUAUAAGAACAUAUGGGAAUAACGUCCAUUUACAGAAAUAUUGAGUGUUAUUUAGCAAAGAACUGGCAUGAAUAUUUAGGGAUUUACUAUUUAUAUCCACAAUGAAAGAAUAGGUAGAAAAAAGGCACAAAAUACUGAAAGGCAAGACUCCAUUAAAGGUCUUGUUCAUGUGGAGUCUUACUGAGUAAGUAAAUACGAUUUCUAGCAUGUACCUUUUUAUAGUUUAUUUUGUGAAUGAGAUGUAGCAGUUUUAAUACAUAUAAAUGUAACAAUGUUCACCUUAGCAACAGGUUUAGCAUCAGCACUCUAAUUUGUGCUGUUACUACGGGAUGCUGGUUCAGUUUAAAAAAAAUCCACAAAACCAUGUCAAAGCAUGGAUAUAGUGUAAGAGACUGCAUCUCCAGCCAAUGGCACAGAGUAUCACAGUCAGUUAUGACAUGAUAGCCAUUUCAAAGCUCACCAUCUUGUUGUCAUAGUUUUAUUUUACAUAAUUAAAUAUGGGCUGCCUGGUGACGCUCAUGUGCUUCUGCUAAGAAUAUUACAAUUAAAGAAUAAGCUGAAGUUACACAUAGCUACAGCACUUACACAUUUCAAGCAGUAGUACUUAUAAUAAAACAUAAAUAAAUACAGGCUUUAAUUAGUGUUUAGUUAUGGGCUCUGCCACAGAUGGUCCCCUCAGUGCAAGCUGAACUGUUUUGUGGAAUUUCCCCCAUCAGCAUAGGAAAGGGUAUCAGAUUUUUUAGCACAUCUGGAUCUGGUCCUGUCCUUUUUCACACCGUGAAUGGUGAAGGCUCCUCUUCACUCUCACUAGUCUGUAUAACAGCUACAGGCUCCAGCCCCAAGGAAAGCCCAGGGAGGAGUAACCUCUCUGUCCUUACUCGCUAGUUACUGCCUCCUUGAUUUAACAUAACAAACCAUCUUAAGAAAAGAGUGUUAACUCUUUAUUUAAUUAAGAAUUAGCUAGUGAAUUCCUGGUUCCCCUCUGACAGAUAGCAAAAGCCACUUGAGGAAAAUCAAGAUUUGGGUACUUUUUAGUAGGUCGUGUCUCUAGACCAACAAUCAGUUCUGAUGAACCAAGAUUGUCUUUUAUCACACGGAAGAGUCAGACACAGAUAAAAAAUCACCAUGCUAAUGCCUCCUUUUAAUAUUGACUUUGAGAUACUUUGUCAGGAUUUAAAACACCAUUUCUUGACAGCUUAGACUGAUCUGAGCUGUGUAACACUCGAGCUUUUCACACUAUCCCUGGAACAUGCACCUUGCAGCAGCAGUGCUUGCGCAGCCAUGAAUUACAUCGUUCUAAGGAUGUGAUUGAGAGGAAAGCUGUCUUGACCCCCAUAAAUGACAAGUUUCCAGCCGAAUCAGCUCCUUGAGUGGCUCACCGUGCCAUCUUUACUGAAGAGGAAGAGAACAGAUGGCAGUGACACGGAUAUGACAAGAGACUUUCAGUCACAGUGAGAGAUGAUGGCCAGCUAGCUGCACAGCACCUCAAGUGACAGCAGCAACUUGCCUAUUCAAGUGUUGUGCAAGGCACAGUAGGGAAAAGCAUUGCAGGAGGAAGCACUUCCAGUGCAUCACGCCCCUUAGCAGGCUUUUAUUUCAUCAUGUAAGUAAAACUGCAACAGUCCCCGUGCACGGCCCACCUAGGCACGGCUCCCACCCACAGCGGGCCCAGAAGGGCCUUCGGGCCCAGGGCCUCAGAGCCAGCCGCCCUCAUGCCAAGGCCCUGCCUAUGGUGAAACAGAACUGCGGCCUAAGGGAAAGGAGCGAGGCCGGUUCGAGGCAGAGAGGAGACCGACCGCCUUCACCCCAGCCCAGCCACCCCUCAGCCCGCCGGGGAGCUGCGCCAUCACUGCAGGCCUCGGCCCGCCCAGAGGCGGGAAAACGAGCCCACGCCCAACCCCCGGCCGCGCGCCCCCGCGGC